UCCAAGAGGGGUAGUUUAGGAUAAUUCAAGAUUGGUUAGAGUAUACACCCCAAAGCAUUUAUUUUUGUGGAUUUUUACAGAUUUUGAGUGAAGUCUUUCUCCGACUUUAACGACCCAACAGAUCCUUGAAUUCACUCCAGCAUUCAUCUGCCCACAAAUUAAGCAAAACCGUUUUCACAUCUUGAGGCUGCUCAAAGUGAAACAUGAGUCUGGCAUGUCUGGUGUGCCAUAGUGUUGAAAGCCCAUCACAGUCCUUCAGAAGUUACUCUGUAUCGAGUUCAGACAAUGACGGAAGAUGUUCAGCGAUUGCCAAUUGUUUGAUCAAGAAAAUAUCGCUUGGCCACCCAGCUGCAAAUGGUGGCAUCACAACCUCUAAAGUGACCCCUCAGCCUACUGAUACGAAUAAUGGCAUAACAGGCCCCCCACGGCUUGUCAGAAGCCGUGCUGUGAGGAGGGAUAUAGUCAGAGACUGGAACUUUGACGAGGUUGUGUUGGAGCAUUAGUCCAGUAACUGCUGGAAUGUAGGUGCAGAAGAGACAUUAUGCUUAACUUUUAGCGUUAAAUCAGAUAGAAUUUUGAAUCCAGUACUUUGAAAAUCUAGUUUUGGGUGACAUUGUCACACAACGGAGGAUUUCUAUAUAAUUAUCUGUUGAUAUUCCCUUUCA